GCGGGAAGGGCUUGUGUUUCUCUGCGUCUUCCAGCUUUCAGCUCCACUACGCCCAGGGUUCUCGCCCAACCGCCGAUCGCGCCCCGAUAGACGAUAGACCCUCGUCGGCAGAACCUGACCGGGUCAAAGUGUACGCCGGAUCUUUACUAGCCCACAAUUAUUUGUGGUCGCAUUCACUAUCCUAUCCCCUAGGGAUUUCGAUUUCUACUUUCCUGUGAAGAAAAACAAAGUAAAUAAAUAAUAUCAGCAAGAACUGCUGACAAUCAUUCUGAUAUGUGCGCCGCUCGGGAUCGCCACCCGACAUUCAAGGCGAGCUUCGCCGAAAGAGCCAACAAUGCCUCCCAUCCACUCGCCAAUUACCUCCUCCGUUUGAUGGAAUUGAAGAAGUCGAACCUAUGCCUCAGUGCCGACGUUACGAACGCCCGCGAACUCCUCGCCUUGGCCGACAGAAUUGGUCCAUCUAUCGUCAUACUUAAGACACACUACGAUCUCGUCGCUGGAUGGGAUUACAACCCACAAAAUGGCACCGGUGCUAGGCUGGGUGCUAUUGCAAGGAAACAUGGGUUUCUGAUCUUCGAGGACCGGAAAUUUGGCGACAUUGGUAGUACCGUUCAACUACAAUAUACGGCCGGCAACGCGCGCAUUAUAGAUUGGGCACAUAUCGUUAAUGUUAACAUGAUCCCCGGCAAAGCAGCCGUGACUGCACUUCAACAAGCAGCCGCGCGAUGGCGUUCACGUGUUAAUUACGAAGUGAGGACGUCCGUCUCCGUCGGUACACCCGUUUCAGAUUCAUUUGAUGGCGAAGAUGACGAACAGGGCACACCAGCACCUACGUCUCUGUCUGCACCAAAAGAACCCCCACCUUCGUCGAGCGCCCGCACCGACUAUAACAAUGGUAGAAAAGGGAGCAUAGUGUCAAUCACCACCCUCACACAAUCCUUCGAGCCCGUGGAUUCGCCCCGCUUCUCCAAUACUAUUGCCGAGGGGGACGAGCUUGUAUACGCGGGCAUUGAAGAGCCUCCUUGGGAGCGAGGGCUCUUGAUCUUGGCGCAGAUGUCCAGUGAGGGAAACCUUAUGACCAACGAGUAUACACAAGCCUGUGUCGAGGCCGCUAGAGAGCACAAGGACUUCGUGAUGGGUUUUAUUUCGCAGGAGACGCUCAACACCGACCCAGCGGAUACCUUCAUCUCCAUGACACCAGGAUGUCAAUUACCCCCUGAAGGAGACGAGGAAGAUGGAGAUGUUGCAGGUGACGGUCUUGGCCAGCAAUACAACACGCCCGCUAAACUUGUUGGUCUGUGUGGUAGUGAUAUCAUCAUCGUUGGACGAGGUAUUCUCAAAGCGGCAUCACCACCACAGGAGGCUGAGCGUUACCGAAGAAGAGCAUGGAAGGCGUACCUCAACCGGAUAGAGCAACAUGCGUGAGAAUGAGUAGAAGUGUCUCACCUCAUACCAAACGGAUCUAUAUCAAGCAUGGAUGAUACAAUUUCGUCCCGGAGCCUGGCGUUCUUUUGGCUUUAUACAAGAUAGUCAUCGUUAUGAUUCGGGUUAUAUGGCCGAGCAAAAACUUGGAAAGUUCUUUGAUGAGAGUAAACAUACUAUAUCCAAUUAUACACAACGAAUUCU